AUGAUUAAUAGAUCCCUCUGGCAGCGACACCGGAAUAAAGUCCUGGUUUCUUCCGCCACGGUCGCCUUUCUCUUUAGCACAGGAGCUGUUUCGCUGUACCUUAUCAAAAAGUGGCUCUGGAGACAACAGCUGAAAAUAACCGAACAACAGUUCGUCAAAGAGCAAAUCAAGCGUCGGUUCAUGCAGACACAGCAGGAUGCGCUUUAUACCAUGUACGAGCUGGUCCCCGUGCUUUCGCUUGUGCUGGUCAAAGACCUGGACGUGGACGAGAUUGUGGGGUCUCUGAAAGGCAAGAAACUUUCCAGAAAGCUCUCCCGGGGUUCUACAGAUGCUGAACGCGAUGGCAUCUCUUCCGGCAUGAGCACAAGCGUCACUGAAGCACACAUAUCUGGAUCCAGUGCGACUCCAGCUGACGCGAGAACCAAAGCAGAACUUUGGAAUGACCUCAAGUUCAAAUCCUUGGUUAAGCUUUGCACCGUCAUAUACAGCGUCUCCUCACUGCUACUAUUAACCAGAUUGCAACUCAACAUCCUGGCCAGACGGGAAUACCUCGAGAGCGCCGUGAAAAUGGCAGUUGAAAAAGAAUCCUCUAACAAAGGAUUCUUGGCGUCUUGGAUAAGCAGCUUUUGGCAAAAAACGCCGGCAACUGAUACUCAAGCUAGCAGCAAGGAAGAUUCGGCGGGUCCAGUGCUUUCUGAAGAAGCCCAGCUUACACGGAAGUCAAGUUACAUUAAUGAACAGGCAUUUUUAUCAUUUUCAUGGUGGCUGUUGAAUCGUGGAUGGCUACAGUUCAAGUCACUCGCUGAAAAGCUGGUUGAGCGUGAGUUUUCAGAAUUGAACCCGCGCGAUGUUUUGUCAGUACAGGAAUUUGGGGACAAAUUGACGCGUGUUUUGCAUUCCAUUAAUACGGAGCUUCUGGUACAAUGUGACGUUGAAGCAAAGGAUGGAAAACAACCAUUGAAGCAGACUUUACUUCCGGAGCCAAAUCUCGAGCAAUUUGUGCUCCAGCAAACGUUAGACUCCGACGCCUUGAAGUUGCUUUAUGACGACAACACUGUAUUACGCCAGCUUUUGAAUGAGACAAGCAAGUGCGUCCAAUCCACGGCUUCUUUGGUCGUCCUGGAGAGUCUUGUCAAUGACGCAUUUCAGUUUACGAUGCAACAUGUCGAGGAUAAUGUUGCCAAGAAAAGUAAGCGCAACCCCUCAGUGACGACGUCCAUUACUGACGAUGACGAGAAAUACCAAAUGGCCCUAUUCGCCGUCAGUUGCAAGGGGUGCUGUGACGAAAUGCUCAAGAGCGGAGUGGUGUCGAUGAACAACAUUUUCCUGCAAAGGCUGGAUUCCAUACCAGAACUGGAUGACCUCAGUGCCAGUGUUUAUAGUAAUUUUGGAUUUUAG